ACACACACACACACAUACACAAAUAAAACAACAAAUACMACAUUGCAGUUGCAGCACGAACAACAAGGACAGCAGUAGCCGCGCCGCCAAUUUGUUUGCCCGAGACGCGCGAUGCGGUGACUGUGUAAAUUUCUGAUUAAAAACGGCAACAGAGAAGCGAAAAGAAAGGGAAAAGGAAAAACAAAACCAUAAACAAAAACCGUGCAAAGUGAAGCGAAAUUGAGCAUUGCAAAACAACAAAGCGAAAAUAAUAAUAAUAAUAGUAACAACAAUAGGCUCGUGCAUAUAUCGGUUGCAUGCAACUCGUCGGCCACCCGGUGUCACACAUACUUGCCACACUGUGCACUGUGCGAAAAAUGUCAAUUGGAAGGCAUCAGAAAUUCAAUUAAAACAAAACAGAAAUCCUUUUGGAAAACUUUUGAAAUUGUUGACUCAAUUGUUCGAUUGUUGUUCACGUUCGACUCUGUGAUGUGUGUUCGGGCUCGCGUGCGCGCUGUUUAUUUUGUACUGUCCUCAGGCAACCAGCACGAGCAACCGACCUGCGCGAGCCAACUAAAUUAGCCAAAUAUUUGCCGCAUACAAAUUAGAGGCAACACUCACCCGCGAACACUAGGUGGCGCCACCCGAGCGCUUGAGCACUAGCGUCUGCCGCGCAAUAAAAGUCAAGUGCGUGGCCUUCUACAGCCACUCGCAGGCAAGUGGCAUUGUGUCAUUCGACAAAGUAACGCAUUGAGCGAUAAGAGGCAACAACCCGCUCCACAAGCAGCGCACAACACAACACAACACCCACAAAAUGAGCAGCCAGCAGAGGAGCAGCGGCAACAAUGGAAGGUGGAGCAGCGCCCGCCGGGGCGCCAGCAGAGCGCUGAUAGCGCAACUAUUGCUUCUUAUCAGCGUCACAUCAGGCUUGCCGGGAGUCGAGUGCUUUCAGCGCUUCGCCGAGCAGCCCAAGUACACGGAGGUGAAUCCGCGCGAGGAUGCGCUGCUCACAUGCAAAGUCAUCGAUAUGCGUGGCUCCUGCUCCUGGCAGAAGGACAACAAGCCUGUCGGCAUCUAUCUGAAGAAAUACGAAUGGGCACGUCCCUUGGGCGGAAAUGGCGCCCUACAUCUGGAUCUGCAUCCGCCCCCGCCCAGCGGCGGCGACUGCUCCCUGUGGAUACGCUCGGCCACCUUGGACUUUGACGACGGCCUCUGGGAGUGCCAAGUGACCGCCAGUGAUUUUACCGCACAAGAUGCUUUGACUAGUCAACCGGUGCGAUUGGUUGUACGUGUGGCGCCGCAACGCCCGCGUCUGGAGUACGAGAGCGCUCCAUUGCCGCCGGGACACAACAUUACGGUGGACGCUGGCGCCGUGGCGACUGUGAAAUGCGCCUCACAUUAUGGUAAUCCGCCUGCAACGCUCAAAUGGUAUUUGGGCGACCAGGAAAUCUCGCCCAUGCACCCGCAGCUGAAUGCCACCGAGCCCGAUAAUCCACGCACCUGGUCUGCCACCUCGGUGGUGCAGGUGUCCGCGAUGCGCGAGCGCCACGGCGACAUUCUGCGCUGCGUGGCCUUCCACGAGAACUACGAGGCCAAAUCGGUGCCAGUGGAGGCCCGCCUAGAUGUCAAGUAUGCGCCAACCAUUCGUCUAAUUGGCUCACCGGAAAUCGACUUGGAAGAGGAUAAGGAUGCGCUUGUGCUGCGUUGCGUGGCCGAUGCCAAUCCGCCGGCCAGCAUCGUCUGGCGACGUGCCGGACGCUCCGAGAUAGCCAGCUUGCAGGAAACGCUGCAAUUGCGUCCUGUCGGACGGCGAGACGCCGGACUGUACACCUGCCAGGCGCAGAACUCGGUGGGCACCUCGGAGCAGCUGUCGGUGCAGCUGGACGUGAAAUAUCCUCCGAAAAUUAUUUCAGCCGGCCCGGACCGCCUCACCACAGCGCCGCUCUUCAGUCCCGCCGCCUUCGAGUGCGUCGCCGAUGGCAAUCCCAUGCCAGCCUACAAAUGGGUCCAGAGAAUCUCGCAUGGAUCGAAGUACGUGGAGCGCGGCAACGAGCCGCGCCUGGUCAUCGACAACGUCACCUACGAGUACCAGGGCGAAUACGAGUGCCGCGCCACCAGCUACAUCAAUGGCCAGGAGCGGGUGGCCAUAUCCGAUCCCGUCUCCCUGCAAGUUGUGGGUGCUCCGCAGGUGCUUCGCCUGCAUCCCUCGAUGCACACAGUGUCUGUUAAGCGCGGCGAGCCRGCCAGCCUGACGAUGGUCGUCUGCGCGGAUCCGCGACCGCAGCUCGUGGCCUGGGAGUGGGGCUCGCUGCGCCUGGAGGCCGGCACGGGCAUAGAUCGCUUUCGGGCCGAUGACAUGCUCACGGACUCGCGCGAGGACUGCUACCUGUCCACGCUGCACAUCCACCACACGGACGAGCACGACUCGCGCCCCUACUACCUGGUGGUGGAGAACGAGCGGGGCACCGAUCGCCAUGCCAUUCAUUUGAUUGUGGAGGGUACGUUUGCAGAACCUUUGGAGAUGAGCUACUUGCUGGGCGUCGCCGGCGGCUGCAUGGCCGCCAUUCUGAUCCUGAUCUGCCUGUGCAUCUACGCUGUCAAGAGCAAAAAGUGCUGCUUCAAGGGUUCCACGGGCUAUAAAUCAUCGGAUAAGGACAGCGAGAAGGCUGAUUUGAAAUCACGGUCGGAUAGCACCAGCGGGCCCCAAGGUGAUUCGAUUUACACAACGCCCGCCGGCUUCCAUCAUCACCAGCAACAGCAGCAGCAACAGCAGCAGCAGCAGCAGCAGGCGGCAGCUGCCGCAGCAGCGGCAUUGCACGCCGCCUCGCAGCACCCACAGCAACAAUAUCCGGGACAUGGAUCGCCGGAGGCAAUGAAGUUAAAAGUAAAGAUAUACGAAACAGCGCGUUUGCAGAGGCCCAUUAAGAUUGAAAUUAAACGGCCUGGCGGCCAAAUUGCUGAUAAUGAUCAUAACCCUGUUGAUGUUGGUGGUGAUGAUGAUGAUGACGUUUGAAUCUCAAGCAAAAUGCAAUGUAAAUGUGUGCACCUUGUAUUUAAUUUUAAUCAUUAAGUGUACCAAAUAAAAUAUUCAUAUGCCUAUUUAUUUGCAAC